GGCGACAGCUUAGUGUGUGUCGAAAAACUACUGAGUGGUUGACUCGUGAAUGACGAUCAGAGAAUCGGAAAAGGUGCUCUCAUUCCUAUUUGGGCUUGUGGGCGGGCGUACGAAGGCGAUAAAAGCCGCGGUUGUAGUCGAGGUAAAGGAGGAGGAGGAGGAGGAGGAGAAGAAAAAGAAGGAGAAAAAAACAGAGCAAGCCGGAGGAGCCCGCCCGGAAACCGUAAGGAAGGUGCCAUUGGCUGGAGGAUGGAAGCGGAGAAGAUGGAUGAGAAUGAAUGGCGAUAUCACGGGGAGGGCAACAAGAGCCUCGUCAUCUCCCACAGACAGCAUUGCAUAGUACUACGUUUCUUGAAAUUUCCUCCAAACCGAAAUAAGUCACCAGAAGAAAUCUCUCAUCAUCUUCAGAACAUAGUGUAUUUUGGCAAACACAUCAUGAAGCAUUUUUUUGGGGACAAGUAUGUUCAUCAUGGGGAAGUUGUCCAGCUGCCUUUGGACUUUGUGAAACAGCUUUGCAUAAAGAUCCAGUCAGAGAGGCCAGUCUUCCAUACAAGGAUUAUGGCUACCUGUGAGAACACUGAAUCACGCUGUGAUAAAGACAUGGAUGCUCUUAGUGGUUAUGCUUUGUGCCUUCCUAAUCUCACUAGGCUGCAUUUUGUUGAACAUCGCCCCAAAUUUUGUAUAGAAAUUAAGCCAAAAUGUGGAUUUCUCCCCUUUUCCAGCCAUGUUUCACAAGAGAUAAAAUAUAAAGUUUGUCGUUACUGCAUGCACCAGCAUCUAAAGGUAGCAAAAGGAAAGUGGAAACAUCUAAGUAAAUAUUGUCCUCUAGAUCUAUUCUCAGGAAAUAAACAGCGAAUGCACUUUGCCUUGAGAAAUCUAUUAUAUGAAGCACAGAAUAAUUUAAAAAUAUUUAAGAAUGGUGAACUAAUUUAUGGUUGCAGAGAUAAUGAGGAUUCUCUCUCUGAUCUGAAUGAACUUGCUUGCCAUCUGAAACCUUUCUUCUUUCCUUCAAAUGGCCUGGUCAGUGGGCCUUAUUGUACAAGGACAAUUCUGAAAGAAUUGAUCCAUGUAAUAACAACAAUUCUACUGAGUAAUACAGAUACCUGCAAAGCCGGUGAUUUGAAGAUAGUUCCCAGCUCACAAGGAAGGAGCUAUUGUGAAGCCAGUGCUUUCAGUAAAGAGCUAGUAAGGAAUGCUAAAAAUAAAGUAGAGACUUCUGGCUUGCCAAAGGGAUGUCUUCUCUACAAAACACUUCAGGCUCAAAUGCUGGAUACACUGGAUGUAGAAGGUGUUUAUCCUUUAUACAACAGAGUAGAGCAAUACUUGGAAGAGUUUCCCAAAGAGAGGAACGUGUUACAGAUUGAUGGGCCUUAUAAUGAAUCAUUCUAUGAGAAGUUACUAGAUCUUUCAAGUGAGGAUGAUGGAACAGUAGCAUAUGCAUUGACAAAGGUUCAGCAGUAUAGAGUUGCAAUGACGGCAAAAGACUGUUCCAUCAUGAUUGUGCUUUCACCUUGUCAACAAGAUGAAUGCUCUGAACAGAGGCCAGUGGUUCUAACAUCAAAGUCAAGAUUCACGUUUUCAGUUUCUGUUCUGGAUCUAGACCUGAAGCCAUAUGAAAGCAUUCGUCAUCAAUAUAAACUUGAUGAGAAGGUAGUGAACUAUUACCUGAAGAGGACACAAGCCAAAGAUGACUCAAUGAUGUCAAAUCUCUUAAAAGAAAAUGAAGACUGUACACUAGUCCUCCAUAAAAUGUAACUGGCUAAAUAUUUAUUUAACACAGAGGAAAAUUAAGUUAUGUUGGUUUUUUAUUAUUUUCAUUUGUGCUUUCAAUUUAUAUGCCUUUCAGAAACACACA